CAGCAACAUUUUAUGGUUGGUUUGUCGAUCUCAAUCUUUCAAUAAUUUGAGUGAGUACGAGAAUCCUAUGAUGCUUUCAUUAUCGAUAUAGUGUACUGAUUCUUAACAUGAUAUUAAGGUAUUUAAUGGUAUGUAGUAUUAUAGUUCGUUUGCUUAGGAGAAAACAAUUCAAUCGUUUUCGAUAGAGAAAGAUGAGUGAGUGGUUUUUUGUUUCCAAGUGAGUGAUUUUAAUUUUUAAUAUUGGUGGCAAAGUUUCAAACUUUUUUAGGGACCCCUAAUCGCUUUCAAAGUGUCACUUCUUUCAACUGCACGUUACAUGCAUGCUAUAUAUAUAUAAUGUAAACGCGUCCAUUUUCCGACGAAAGGGACGGGCCUCCUUUUGGCGGCCGGCGCCAAUUCUCCGGCCAUUUAUUAGCUAGCUGGUGAUGGCCGGUUGGCUUGGCUUGAGUCGUGGGAGAGUCGAACUUGAAGAGGACGUCGCCUAGAAAGAAAUAUCUCGUCGGCUCAUUAAUCACAUGUUUGACGUAUUUAGGGUUUGUUUGCCUGUGCUGCUAGUUAAUUUAACUCGGUCUGAAUUGGGUACAUCGAUAGAGAUGACAAUACUCUUAAUAUCAGGCAAAAUUACAUCUCCAUAUCUCAAAUCUGGCUAUCCUCGAAUCGAACUGUCGAACAUUGAUUCCGAAAUUUUUUAAAAAAAAAAUAUUAAUGAGUAGGUAUCGAUGUGAAAGAUAGGUUGUGCAUGUAAGGAGAUAAAAUUGGCCGCUGAAUUGAAAAUAUUCGUUAGAAAUUUUGAACGUACGUGAGAUUGGAGGGUAAUAAGGAAUAUGAUAUUAUGACUCAUACGAUUUGUCCAUGGGAUGAGAUAAUGGAGAUAUAAAAAGAUUGACCACGAAUAUGACAUUAGCAUGACAAAUUUUCGCCAAUUGGACAACUGAAAUACAAUCUCAAUUCAUCUCUAUAUCACUCUGAUUUUUGUUAUUCGAAGUAAACUUAUUCACGGGUGGUUGGUCCACAUCACUCAUACAAAUUGAGAUGGUAUUAGAAUUACAGUCUCGCUCUCGAAAUGAACUCUUGCCUAUCCCUUUAGUAUGCAUAAACUCAUAAUCAGGAGGACAAUAUUAAUGUCUUUCUUCAGGCUAUGCCUCGAUCCCCCAACUCAUCCAUAGUGGCCUUAAGUAAGUUUAUUAUCUAACACCACAUGCAUUACCCAGCCCAAUAAAAACAGAUGGAAACCUCCCGACUGGGCUGAACUGAAUUGCUUCCUAAGCCCAAACUGUCAAACGUAACUCUCUCCUUCCGCCAAUCUAGUUCAGCCCAGCCCAACUCAAUUUCCAUCCCCACGUGCAUAUCACGUGCACUAGGGCUUUACCAAGGGUUUUGGAUUCGUCUCUCUUCUCUGCAACACUCCAUUCUCCAAAGGAGGAAGAGCUCACCCGACCCACCUCCUGCAGCAAAACUCACCGACCUAAAAUGGCGAACUAGAAGACAACCCUUUUCCCCCUCACAUCACACUUCUCUGAAACACGCCCACCUUCAAGCUCCAGUGGAAAAACAUCAGAACAAACCCAGAAUCCACCAUGAUCGCGAAGAAAGUUGCCGUCCUUCCCGCCAAAACCCUGUCUCAAUCCGUCAUCGUUUCUUACUUCUCCACAUCCUCCCCGUCCCAAUUCCAGCCGUUCCAGUCGCGGAGGCAGCAGCAGGAGGAGGAUUCGAGGUCCGUGAGGGUCUCGGUGUGGUGGGAUUUCGAGAAUUGCAAUCUGCCGGCUGGGGUCAAUGUGUUUAGAGUGGCGCAGACCAUCACGGCUGCGGUUAGGGCCAACGGGAUGAAAGGCCCCGUUCACAUCACGGCGUACGGAGACGUCUUCCAGCUCUCUAGGGCAAACCAGGAAGCUCUUUCCUCCACUGGAAUCAACAUGGCUCACGUCCCCAAUGGAGGAAAGAACAGUGCAGACAGGUCUCUUCUAGUGGGUCUAAUGGACUGGGUAUCCCAAAAUCCACCGCCAGCCCAUUUGUUCCUCAUCUCCAGUGACAGAGACUUUGCCAGUUGCUUGCAUAGGCUGAGGAUGAACAAUUACAACAUCUUGCUUGCAGCUAAAGAAGGUGCUCCCAGUGUUCUAUGCAGUGCUGCAAGUAUCAUGUGGCAUUGGAACGAUCUACUGAAUGGAGAGAACUUGGUUGGGAAGUAUUUCAACCAACCUCCUGAUGGUCCUUAUGGUUCUUGGUAUGGUCAUUACAAGUUACCCUUGGAAGAUCCAUUCUCGGUUCCUGAACCUACACCAGCACCAGCACCAGCACCAUUGCCACUUCCUCCCAAGGUCGAGGAGCCUGUAGAUUCUAUUCGUCCCAUACCAAAAGCAGUGAUGAAGCAGAUUCGGCAGAUUUUGUGCUCGCACCCUCAAGGUAUCACCAUAACGGACCUUCGAGCCGAGUUGUUGAAUGGCAACUUGGCGAUCGAUAAGGAAUUUUAUGGCCAUAAGAAGUUCUCCCGAUUUCUCUUGGCAAUGCCACAAGUGUUGAAGCUUCAAAGCAAGGGGGAUGGUCGGUUUCUCGUGCGAGCUGUUCCUGGUAGGGCUCAUGAUCCAUCUGGCCCUCUUGUUAACACAGCUACUGAUAUACUUAACAAUGUGAACCGGGUUCCUGCUAGCUCUUCGAAGAUGGAUACUGACUGUGCAGCUGAGAAGAAUCUGUCACCAUUGGCUUCAUCAGAGCCAAAUGUGAGAGCUGUGGAAGUGGAUGUUGAUGGCAAGGUAUUCAACUUUCCUGGUAGUGAAAAGGUCUUGGAGAAGGCUAAUGGUCAGGAAACAGAUAAGCAGUUAUCUGCGGCGAAGAAUGAAGAGCCUGAUGUGGGAUUUUUCAGGACUCUUCGAAAAAUCUGGUAUGGAAGCUCUGAGAAGAACACUGAUGACUCUCUAGGAAAAAUUCCAACUGACAAGCUUGGAAGAGACGGAGUUGAUGAAAAGAACCUUGAAUUGCCUAGCAGAAAGUUAGACACAUCUACUGAAAGCCCAGAAAGUGAAAGUGACAGCAAGUCGGCUGUUUCUAGUGAUAACUUAAGCAGAAAUACAGGUUUGUUUAGUCGGAUUAAGAACUGGUGGAAGUCUCAGGGAAACCAUGUAGAAUCUGCACAUGAUCAACCCAGCAAAGUCCUUGAUCGGAUGAAUGUUGACAUGAAAGACCAUGAGUUCUUUUCGAAGGACACAUUCUGGAGGGUUAUGGAGUCCUUUCUUCAGACACGGAAAGGGUCACUCGCUAUAACAGAAUCCAGGACAAGGGAAGAGAUGGCAAGAAAUCUGGUAAAGGAAGGACCUUUGCUUUGGAAAUCUCUCAAGGAACCUGACCUACUUCUGUUGGUAGACAUCUUGAUAUCACAAAAGAAAUGGGUGGCUGAAUGUCCCUCUGAAUCUUCCCCUUUUAAGGUCAUUCUAUCUAGGGAUAAUGCAGCCCGGACCAGUUCUCAGGGAUCCGAUGGAUUGAGGUCUUUGAUUCAGAAAGAAAGACAACAGAAUGUUUCGCAUACUGGUGUCUCGCCCCCCAUCGCUUACACAAAAUCCUCCGAGAGAUCCAGAAGCGAGAUACUGAUGGACUGCAGGAACCUUGUGCAGGAACUAGUGAAGAAAUACCCAAAUGGUUACAACAUGGGCUCUUUCCGAAAGCUGUUCCUUGAAAGGUAUGGUUACCAUCUUGACAUCCAGAAGCUGGGGUACCAAAAGUUGGCCGCUUUGCUGGAAAUAAUGCCAGGGGUUAAAGUCGAAUCUACCUUCAUCUAUCCUUCUACCAAAACCCUUAAGUCUAACUCUGAUGGCGAAGUGUCAAAGAAGGAGAACGAAUCAGAUUCUGCGUGGGAUGAGCUCGGUCCUCCCGAUGUCAACUCAUCGUCCCAAGGGGAUCCUGAUUACGAGCCUUGCCUUUCAGAAGAUGAUAGUGAUGAUGUGGCGUCAGAUUCAGAACCCGAGACCCUGGCUACUGCAAGUACUUGUCAACCAGAAGAACGCCGCACAAAGUCCAAUGAGGAUAACAGCUCGUUGCUAGAUAUUCUUGAUAGGUGGUCUGGGAGUAAGAACGAGGAAAUCGAAGGCAACUGCAAGAAAGAGGAGUCUGAGAGGAAUGGUGAGCAGAAUGCUGCAGUGGGUUUGCAGCAGCUUACUGGUUCGUCUGGACAAGGUGGCAAGGCAGCUGAGGCAACUGCUGCUCAAAUGGGAUGCUCUGGAGAAACGAUGCAGAAGUCUGUAAAGACUUAUUCUUUUGUCGACGAUUCAGUCUCUCCUAGGGAUCAGCAGCAUAAGGUCAUUGAUGGGAUCUUAAGCAGGUUGAAGAAAACUAGUGAUUCGAGGGUGCCAAGCUGAUUUAUUUGUAGUUAAGAAUGUUCUGCCUUUUGUAGGGUUAGAUGAGCGUAGUAUGGGAGCUAAGCUAAGGCAUAGCUACUGCUGCAAAAUUUAUGGUACCAUUGGUUGUUUUAGACUAGUAUCCUCGGUUUUGAUUCAGGGAAAACUUGUUCAAAACUUAACUCGCUAAUUAAGGCUUGUUCACUGUUGUGUCGCUCGUGAGCCGACUUGACAUGUUGGCUCGUUGAGCUCAAGGUGUGAGCUUACUCGAAAAUGUAGUUUGGACGAGCUGGUUUAACUAGGGGGUUAUUAGUGAAUUGACUUCUAGGGGGUUAUUACUCGAAAAUGUUCGUAAAUUAUAACUUUGUUACAUUAUAUAUUUCACAACUUAUUGUAGUUUUAACUCAAAUUGUUUACCAACAAGCUGAAUGAUGAUUAAACUCAGCUCAUUUACCAACCUGGACAACAUGGUAUAUGAAUGCUACCAAUUUAUGUGAAAACUAUGUAUAGAUUGAUGGAUAUGGUACAAAAUGAGAUGUUGAGAAAACCAAAAUCCGGUAUUCUUGGGAUGGGUUGGGGAGGAAGAGUACUUUGGUGGUGGGGAUUAAUAGAAUUGACUAUUGAGAGAGAAGAUGGGACACAGCCUGUAAAAUCAGCCACGUCACCCACUUGCUCUCCACUAUAUAUUCAUUUAGUACCUCCCAAAUUGACUUGUGAUAGGGCCCCCAAUCCCCACAAACCCAACUAUACCAUAUUUUGUGGAUUUACAUGACACAUUCAUCAAUUAGCUCAUAUGGAUAAAAGCUAGCUACAAUUUGCUCUUUUUCUUAUCCACCUAUCAAUAUGUGUUGAAUGCAAAUAUUCUAGUUCAGAAUUGGAUUUCAAUGAAUCAUAUGGGGAGGAGUCAGUUUUGGUCACCAUCUACUGCUGUCAUCUUGUGAGAGAGUUAUGGCUUUUCGAGUAAGUUAUGAUGGUGUUUUUAUUGUUUCUUGAACAAAUUACUUGUUGAAUUGUACGUUGUUACGAUGUAGUUCAUCGGCUAAGAUGAAGUGUUAGUGUACAAGUGUAAUAUGGUAAAUAAAGGAGGAGAUGUGGAACCACAUUGUGGUAUAUGCACCGAUGCAAGGAAGAGCGGGAAAAAAUGAUAGAUAAGUAUGCAUCCUCAACAAUAAACAGUAGGUACAUUUCAGUUUUGAUUCGAGAUCAGACGAAUUUGAAAACAAGGAUAUGUAAUAAUUAUGACUCAAACAUAAUCAAACUCGAUCCUAUUUUGUCCAAGCCAGUUUAGAAAUGCUCCAUCCAAUUUUACAUUUUCUUAUAGAGAUCCAAUUGAACAAAAAUGGAAGUAGUAAAACCAAGGAUUAAAAUACCGUAACGGAGGUCGUACUGAAAAAGUCAGCGGUAUGAUAUUUUAUCCUAAAAUCGUGGUUUAAUCAUGGUUCAACUGUAUUAUACCACUAAAUACGGCCUACCGGUUUUGCUUUCUGGUAUGAGAUUUUUCAAGUUGAACCGCGCCGGUACGGUAUGGUUUUUUAAUCCUUGAUUAAAACACAAUUAAAAUCAUAAACAUAUUUUAUCCGAUCUUGUCCAAUAAUAAACGAAUGUAGCUUGCUUCAAUCCAGCUCUAGUCAGUUAAAUUUUUCAGAACAAACAAGAGGAGAAAACCAUCCAUGAUUCUAAUAAGCAUUUAUCAUUACC